AUGGAGGGCGCGGGGGCCAAGGGGCUGCUAAUCCACCGCCCCUCGGGCCGCGGGGCUGUACGGCAGCUACGGGCCAAGGGGUCUCCGUCAAACUCCCGUGGGCUGCAGGAGGGUAGCGGCAGGGCCUGCGGGGGUUUCACGGUGCUGAAGGGCGGCGGCGGCCGCGCUCCCCCCGAUCACAGAGGAAGCUGGGCUGUAAACAAACGCUGCCGUUACCAUGUUCCCACUCACUUUUGGUGCAACGGUCAGAUAAUUCCCUUUGCAAAAUGGCCGCUGGGCACGGCUCCUUCUGGGAGCCUGGCUGGGGAGGGCUCACCUCCUGAGCACUCCAGCCUGCUCUCACCUCUUCUCUGGGAUCCUCCCGAGGCUUUUGUUAUUCCAGUGCAGCACUCGUUUGCUGGCUGGUCUGCAUCUGCAACUGCUCUGAGUGCUUUUUUCCAAGAAACAAACAUCCCCUACAGCCACCACCAUCAGAUGAUGUGCACUCCCGCCAACACGCCGGCCACGCCGCCCAACUUCCCCGACGCCCUCACCAUGUUCUCCCGCCUCAAGGCUUCCGAAAGCUUCAACAGCAGCAGCCCCGUGGCCUCCAUGGCGACCUCCCCGCCCCCCCCCCCCCCCCCCGUCCCUUGA